GCCCGGCUUAUGCACUGAGCUACAACCAACCCUUCACCCGUAGGAUUCGUGCCAAUGGCCCAACGGAACCGCUAGCCAACAACAACAACAGUCGACAGAGCUUGUCAGCGUAUGUGGCGUCAGGGUGUCUCCCAUUGCGGCCAUGAACGCCAGCUUCCAUGCAAUAGCGAUUUGAGUCACCGUCGUGAGGCCUCAAACCUUUCCCACAAGGCCAACAGCUUUUUCAAGGGCGUAACUGGUUACUGAAGCAAAGCUCGACUGACUUACACUCCUAUUCAGUGCGAAGCAAAGGGGGGACGUGUCUCGAGAGAAAGGCUUCAUCCGAUAAUCAAGCGUAUCAUUUCGUCAGCAACGUCACCCACUCACAGAACUUUGUUUCAACCCCCGACGACGUAUCUUCCCCUGUCCGGCCGUUGUACAUCGUCCCUUGACAAAAAGAGGCCCGAGCAUCGUCUCCUUGUCCUCCUUACCUCCGACCUCACGCCAGUGACGGACGCAGCCAUUACCACAACCAAGAGUUUUCUACCUAUCUCACCCACCCUAAUCACCUCACCUCACGCAACCUCACCCCGUCUCACUCAUCCAUUGCCAUCCUUCCUUGUAGUUCUCACGUCACCGCUUUACGGCAGCUGCUGGCUCGGCAGUGAGAUCAGAGAGGGCGCCCAGGGCCCUUCGAUGUCACCAUGACCCUAACCCCCUCCUCCGAACAAUCAGACUCGGCCGUCGCCGCCGUUGCCGCUGCAAAUCACAUCGACGACAAGCCAUACCACUCAAAACGACCUCACAAGAAGUCCCGGACGGGGUGCCGGAACUGCAAGGCCCGUAAGGUGAAAUGCGACGAGUCUCGCCCGAUUUGCCGUAACUGCAUGCUCCGCAAGGCCGACUGUGUUUUCCCCGGACCGUCCCACUCCCACUCCGAGCCUGGCCCGGGGUCGCCAUCUAGCUCCUCCGCCAGUGCCGUCUCACCCUCACGCUCGCGGUCCCAUACGCCACAAGGCAGCCACGCCAGCAUCGACGAUGACUAUAACGCCCUCGUCCUCAGAGAGCCGCUCUACAUCCCUGCCGGCGACAGGGACGCCACCGACAUGAAACUCCUUUGGUUCUACACCACAAACACCUUCGCGUCCUUCGCGACGCAGGCCGGGCAGGUGAAGCGGGUCGACGACAUCCUCAAGAUCAAGAUUCCCAGCCACGCCUUCGAGAGCCCCUUCCUCAUGGACUGUCUGCUCGGCACAUCUGCCCUCCAGCUCCAGCAUCUGAAACAGGACAUCGCGCCCUCGCGCGCCCUCCGCUACCGCGCCCGCGCCUUCGAGGGCUAUCGCAAGGCCAUCGAGGAGGGCAAGCCCGAAACCUUCCCCGCCCUCAUCGCGACCUCGUUGCUCCUGACGGCCCUGUCCUCGCAAAUGUUCCGCGAAGAGGGCACCAAGGACCUCUACAUCAUCGACUGGAUGAUUGUCUGGCGCGGCAUCGGUCUCAUGAUCGACAUGGCCACGCCCCAGACCCUCUGGGACUCGGGCCUUGCCGACCUCUUUGUGCGCCCGCCUAUCAACCUCGACGAGGCCGCCAAGCACAUCCCCAACAACCUGCUCUUCAUGAUCUCCUCCAUCCAACCCGGCGACCCGGAUUAUGACCACAUCUCGACGUACUACGACACGCUUAAGUACCUCGGCUCACUCUACGCAGCGCUCGUCCAUGGCUUCAAUCCCGUCAUGACCCUUCGCGUUGUCACGUGGUUCACUUUCAUCCCCAAGGCCUUUGUCGAGCUGGGCCGUCAGAAAAGGCCUCGCGCCUUGGUCAUUCUCGCCCACUACCUAAUGUUUAUUAAAGUCGCGCGGAACCUGUGGUGGAUAGAGGGUAUCGGUGACCGCGAGAUCGCUGGAAUCGUCCGCCAUCUCGGCGAGGACUGGUACGAAGAGCUUGCCGCGCCACGCCUGGCCUUACUGCUGGAUGACAGGGUCGAUAUCACGAGACUGAUUCUCGCCGAUCCCGAGUGGGAUUCGCCCGUCGACGACUUCAAAGCCCCGCUACACGACGCUCGUACGGAGAUGCUCACCUGGGUCGACGACAGUGGCAAACGGUACAAGGGCAUGCCGCAGCGUGUCGGCGACUUACAACCAGCUGAUCCCGCGCCGCGGAGGCUGCCCUGGGACGGAGAUGGUCUUCAUCAAGAUCCGAUGAUGCUCUGUGCUCCGGGGAGAGAGUACGCCGAGAGAGUGCUGGAGGCGAUUGACAUGGGUGUUCAGGACAUGGAUGUUUCCAGGUGAAUGUGGAGGUUGCCCCAGCCGACGAUGGGUGGGGUGGGGAUGCGGAAACCUGGGUCGGCUUUUGGUUGAAUGGGUUGAAUUCCCGGGACGGCCAUUUCACGGCCUCUGAUGAUACCUCCUUGAUGGCCACUGAGAAGUUCAUGUCUGCUACGCCGAGACGGCCCAUCUCGGUUCAUGGCCGUGGAAGUAAUGCAAGCACAAACGGAUAA